AUGGAUGCUCUAAUCUGGAAUAUAACGUCAGUCAAUACCCAACAAGCUUUUGAAAGGUUGAUCAAAAUGCACAGGAAACAUCACUAUGACUUUAUUGGCUUGAUGGAACCUAUGCAACAAACGAGAACACUGGAAAGAUAUAGAAGCAGAAUAGGUUUUGCACAGGCAAUUGCUAAUGUAUCAAAUAAGAUAUGGGCUUUCAUUGAUGAGGUAUAUGAAGUUACAAUAAUGUAUAAUAUGGUUCAGCAACUAACUUUAAGGCUGUUUCACACAGAAAAUCAUGUGGAAAUAGUCCUUACACUGGUGUAUGCUAAAUGUGAUGCCAUUGAAAGGAUUGAACUGUGGGAUUCAUUGUAUUAUAUGGCAAAUGACAUGACAGUACCAUGGUUAGUUGGAGGUGACUUUAAUGUCAUAUGGGAUGAAGAGGAGAAAUUUGGGGGACUUCCAGUUCAUAUCAAUGAAGUUGAUGACUUCAGACAUUGCAUAAAUACAUGUAACCUGAGUGAUCUUGGAUUUAAGGGCAGUAUCUUUACAUGGUGGAAUGGCAGGGCAGAAGAAGACUGUAUUUUCAAGAGAUUAGACAGAUGUCUAGCUAAUUCAGAGUUUCAGCAGACCUUCCCAGGGUUAGAAGUGCAGCAUCUUCCUAAAAUUGGAUCAGAUCAUAGUCCAAUGCAGUUAAAAUGUGAUAUAGAGACCCCUCCUGUGCAGAAACCAUUCAGAUUAGCAUGCAACAUUUAA